AUGAGCGCCACACAGCACAGGUGGGAUACCACCGACUCAGUGAGGACGGGCGAGGAGAUGCAGAGCGAAUCCGAUCUGGACAAUACUGUUCUGAGCACUACACCCUCGAGCUUUGACGAAUUUCAUCGAUGGCAAGCUCAUAUUGCCCUGGAGAACUUUGGCGAGGGCCUCCAUGCUGCUGCCCAAGCUAUUUUUCCCAGCGAAAGAAGGUUUCCGUACUCCAAAGUAUACGUACUAAUGCUCUGUUGGGACGAUGAAAGAGCAAACCAACAUCUUGAAAAAGAUAUGGACCGUUUAUCCGACGUUUUCAAGAAUGUCUAUCACUUCGAAACUGAAGUCUGGAGGAUUCCGGACGAGGACUCUAAUUUGGAUGUCAACCAAAAGAUCCUGGAUUUUGUGAGUUUAGGAGGUGACAGAUUCGAAGAUUUAAAGAUUAUCUACUAUACCGGCCGGGCUCGACUCAACAAAAAUAAGAGUCUGGUUUGGACAAGUGGACACAAGAAUCCAAGGUCGAGAUAUUCCACAGUGCAAUGGAGCGGGAUUCAGACCGCAUUAGAGCAGGCACAAAGUGAUGUACUGGCUCUUUUGGAUUGCUGCCACGCCGGAACUGCGAGCAACGAUGAAGGCAACGGCACCACUGAGCUAAUCGCAGCUUGUGCCUAUAACUCUUCCAUUAAUAGCGUCCCAUCUUAUUCUUUCACAAGAGAACUAGAAUUCGAACUUCGAGAAUUGAGCAGCUUAUCCUCGUUUUCCAUUGGGAAUCUGUACGAUAACUUAUUCUCCCGCGUCAGGAGUCGUAUGUCGGAGGAGGGACUGGAGCCCCAAUCUCCUGUUUAUCUGCCAUUGACGCAAGAAAAUUCAAAGUUUCCGCGUAGCAUCCGUCUCUCAAUUCAUAUUGACGGAAACUUACCAAGUCAUUUAGCCUCAGGUGGCUCCUACGACGUCCAGUCGCCACAAUCAGACAUAUUUGGCAUAACGAAUGGAGACCUGAUUAGUCUCUCUUUCAAACCUUCUUCUGCAACUGCUGUAGGGCCAACACCAAGAAUGGCAUUUGCGAUCCGAUUAACAGAAGACUUCAGAGUUGGCGACCUCUCCUCCAAUUUGUUCUCCGAAUGGCUUCGAAACAUCCCAACUUCCCUCGAUCAAGUCAAGAUCGAAGCUGGAUUUCAUAGCUACUCGUCACUACUCAUCGUUUCAGUUCCGAUAUGUCUGUCAAUCUAUAUACCAAAAGAUCCUGCUGUGAUGAGCCUUGGUCCCAUCACGUCGUUCAACCAAGUCCUCAGCAGAGUCCCAAUUCCGAAGGAUCUUCCUACUCCUAAUCCGGAUAUGUGGACUUGGGACAAUCUAGGCAACGGCAUCAAUGGUUUACAUUCAAACGCCAAAACUCAUGAAAUAGUCACCGGAAUCCAUGGGAACAUUAACAGUCAACCUUCAGAAAUUCGUCACCGCAAAAACGCGCACUUGAUUCCGCCCCAAGGUCAGAAAGAAUUUCGACCAAAGUUGGAGACAAGUUACUCAUCCCAGUUCAGCCCUGCAAGUAGCAUGACCGAAGAGCCUCUUUCCGCCAAGGAGACCAAUGAAAGUGCCAAAUUACCCACCUCGCAAGAGGAUUUCCACCGCUCAUAUCCACAUGGUCCUUAUGCACGAAAAAGCGAAAACGAAACCUACGACGAAGACGCCAAUGGCAAGGAGUUUCCAAGAAUUUCGAAGCCCGUCGAGCUUAUGUGGAAUUCGUACGAUUGCGUCGUUAUUGGAUCGGGAUACGGUGGUGCUGUGGCUGCGAGUCGAAUGGCUAGAGCUGGACAAGAAGUAUGUUUGCUUGAAAGAGGCAAGGAACGAUGGCCUGGAGAGUAUCCCACUGAACUCGUGGAUGCUAUGAAGCAAUUCCAUGUAUCAGGCGAAUUUGCUCCCGGAUUUAUAAAGGAUUUAAUGGUCGAGGAAGGAGACCCAACAGGGCUUUAUCACCUCAUUGUCGGCAAAGGCCAGAACGCAUUCGUCGGUAAUGGUCUUGGCGGAACGAGUCUCUUGAAUGCCAACGUAUUCCUGGAAGCUAAUGAUGCAACAAUGAAACUGGAUUGCUGGCCCGAGGAACUACAAGGAUACGACAAGCUGAAGAAAUACUACAAACGUGCCGCGAGCGUUCUCCAGCCUGAACCAUACCCGAAAAAUUGGCCUGAAUUGCCGAAGCUGAAGAUGCUCGAGAAACAAGCCAAGGCUCUUGGGCUGGAGGAAAAAUUCAAGAGAGUUCCUCAGACCACUCGUUUCCAUGAUGGUCCUAAUAGUACUGGUGUUGAAAUGUUUGAGUCCCAGUUGACCGGCAUGGACACCACUGGAGUAAAUGACGGGAGCAAGUCAAGCACUCUCGUAAACUAUCUCUCCGAUGCUUGGAACUGGGGUGCCGAAAUGUUUUGCGAAUGCGAGGUUAGAUACAUCAAGAAGCACCCGUCGGAAGAAGGUUACUUGGUCUUCUACGCUUGGCACGGAAGCAAGAGGGGCGCCUUUCCAACCAAUCUUUACGAAGAUCUCAUGUGGGUCCAUGCGAAGAAAUGCGUUUUUCUUGGUGCUGGAAGCAUCGGUACCACUGAGAUCCUCCUCCGAAGCAAGAAUUUAGGACUUCCAAUGAGCGACAGGGUUGGUCAGGGCAUGAGCGGGAAUGGAGACAUCCUCGCUUUCGGCUACAAUACCGAAGACGAAGUCAAUGCCAUUGGCCGAGAAGACACAUCUUGUAAUAUUGGACCAACGAUAACAGGCGUAAUUGAUAAUCGUGAGGAUCACGAGAAUCCUCUUGAUGGGUAUGUUAUUGAGGAAGGCGCCAUUCCCCACGCGCUUGCCCAACUAUUCCAGACGAUGCUAGAGACGAUGCCAGGCAAUCAAUAUCCCAAGGGCCAUAGCCUUGUUGGAAAAGUCAAGCAUGCCUUAGCACAGCAAGGAAGUCGAUUCUUGGGACCAUAUUAUAAGAAAGGAAGCAUCGAGAGAACGCAAGUGUAUCUGAUCAUGAGUCACGACUCCAACCAAGCGAUUAUGACCCUCAAGGAUGAUAAGCCGAUCUUGGAGUUCCUUGGUGUAGGGAAUAGCUCCCACGUUAAGUUCCUCAAUAAUCUCCUUCGGGAGGCUACCGAGGCUGUCGGCGGAACAUAUGUCCAAAGUCCAUUCUCCGCGUAUCUGGGCCAGGAAAUUACGGUACAUCCUAUCGGAGGAGCAUGCAUUGCCAAAGACGGCACUGCUGAUACUGGAGUCACGAACCACUUUGGAGAAGUGUUAACUGGCAAUGGCGACGAAAUCCAUCAUGGUCUCGUUGUCACAGAUGCAGCUGUCAUCCCAACCGCUCUCGGUGUCAACCCCUUUGCAACAAUUACGGCGCUUGCGGAGAGAUCUGUUGAGCACGCAGCUCGCAGUAUUGGUGAAAGAAUCGAUUUGAAGACUAAGAAUAAUGACGUCCUGGAUUUGUUCGGGGAACCGCAUCAACAUGCUGAAACCAAGCGGCAACUUGAUCGUCGAAACACACUCCGCAUCGCGGCAGCGACAGAACUGGUCGACGUGACACGAGCUUCUAAAGCUAACGGGUUUGGCUUCUCCGAAGUGAUGUCGGGAUAUAUUCACAUUGGCGAUGGGAUCCAAGGUGAGAAAAUAGAGGACUAUGAGACUGCUGCGAAGACCGCCAGGGGGCUCUGUGAGGAGGCGAGGUUCUUUUUGAGUGUCCAAGCCUGGGAUACAGAUAUGACCGUAAAUCGAGCCGAUCACAAGGCAAUGUUGACUGGAACCUUUACUUGUGGAAGCUUGCCAGGCAGUCCUUUCCUCGUCCAACGAGGGGACUUCCAUCUAUUCAGCAUUGACAACUCUGCACCCGGCACCCGGAAUCUAACGUAUGACUUUAAUAUGACUUCAGUCGACGACACAGAGUUCCACUUCCAUGGCUACAAAGUCGUCGAUUCAUCUAUCACGUUGGCACCUUGGCGUUUCUGGUCUGCAGCUUCGACUCUCUAUGUGACAAUAUGGCGAACUAGAGAUAAAGUCAUUGUUGGUCGAGGGAUGAUGCAUAUCAAACCAUUCGACUUCCUCUCUGAAAUAUUCACCCUCAAACCAUCCGGCCGAAACUUCCUAGCAAAGGUGCAAUCAACGGCCAACUUCAUGGGGUUCUUUGCCCGGCAAUCUGCAAAUCUUUUCCUUGCCCCUUUUGUGUGGCAACAAUAUCCUACCGUGAAUUACGACCAUUAUAUCAAUGGUACCUCGUCAGACGAUGUUAUUGAAGUCUUUGCUUCUGAUGGGGUACAAACCUUGCUCAAGGUCUUCGAGCCGCGGAAUCCCAAUAUCGAGACCAAGAAUCUUUUCAUGAUUCCUGGUGCCUCUGUUGACGAACAAAUUUAUUCGACUCCCACCAUUGAGGUAAAUGCAAUUAACUAUUUCACCAGAGCAGGAUACAGAGUCUUUGUGACAGUACACCGUAUCUGUAAUCUCAUGGUUGCCAAGAAUGGCUGGACGACCUAUGACGCCCGUCUCGACAUCAAAGCAUGUCUAGAGCAGAUCAGGAAAGCCCAGGGACCGGACAAAAUCUACACUAUCUGUCACUGCAUGGGAGCAGUGGCAUUCUCAUGUGGUCUUCUUGAUGGCACAAUACCCGCAGACUGGAUUCUAGGGAUUUCCGCGUCGCAAGUAUUCUGCAAUCCCAUGUGGGCGGCCCUGAACAUGGCCAAAGUAUCAGCAGGUCCCAUCCCCUUCGACAAACUCUACUCCACGUUCGGCGGAUCAUGGUUUGAUUGCUCUUCAAGCAGGAACGACACAUAUUUUCAGCAGUUCCUCAACCAAGUGCUGCGCCUAUAUCCCGACACCAGGAAAGAAAUCUGCAAUAACGUCGCGUGUCAUCGAGGAUCUUUGGUCUACGGAAGAAUGUGGAAUCACCGCAAUCUCAACGAAGCCACGCACCGGCAAAUAAACCGCUUCUUCGGCGGCGUCAACAUGACCUGUUUGCACCUCCUCAUGCAGAUGGGGCACCGCGGCUACGUAACAAGCAACGGGCCUCUUUUCAACGACCUCACCACGCCCCGCAACGUUCAUCGCCUCAAAGACAUCCCCAUCAUGCUAUUUUCCGGCUCCGACAACCAAGUCCUGACGCCUGAAGCCACUGAGAAAACAUACAGUUUGCUGAGAGACACAUUUGGGGCGCAGGGGUACGAGAGACAUGUUGUGCAGGGCUAUGGGCAUCUGGAUUGUUGGAUGGGAAGGGAGGCGUAUAAGGAUGUUUAUCCGAUGGUCAGGGAGUCUGUGGAUAGGGUUACGAGGGGAAAGGGGUAUAAAUACCAUGAGCCGGAUUGGAAAAACGAUUGGAAGGGUUGGAAAGACUUGGAAAUUAGCGGGAACCUAUGGAACGAAGCGUAA